AUGACGUCCACGCGGGAGAACGGCAUGGCUUGGGCGAACCACACGAACAGCGAGUACGCACCUGUCGACGACGACGCCCUGGCAGAAGUCCAGGGAGACCUCCCCGGCGACGGUGCGCUGCUCGAGCGCCGCGGGCGGUCGCUGCUGCCCGCCGGGGACGCCGGCCGCCCCCGGCUGUGGCUGGCCGCGCUGGCCGCCCUGGUGGUGCUGGCCGCGGCGUGCACUGCGGCCGCGGCCCGCGAGAGGCACCGCGGCCGCGUGGAGCACAGGGAUGGACACGGCCUCCGUGGCAAGCUGCUGUCCGCCGAGCAGGGCCCGCCGGCGGCGUUCGGCGCGCCGCCGCCAGGGUUGCAACGCCUGGCGCAGCCGCCGAGCGCUGCGGGACCUGGGCUGCAGCUGCCUCGGCUGCAGCCGCCCGGGCUGCCGCUGCCCAGACAGGCCUGGGCGCUGCGCGGGCCGCCGCCGCAGGCGGGCGCGGGCUCGGAGCCCUCCCCUGCGGCGCAGGAGGACAAGAUGCGCCAGCACUUCGGCGUGGACGAGGCGACGUACAAGGAGCUCUUCGAGCAUGCUGACGCGGACGGCGACGGCAAGGUGCAUCCGCAUGCGCCCGAGAUGCGCACGCUGGUCGGGCUGCUGAUGCAGCGCGGCAACUGGACACCGCCCGGCUUCAAGAAGAGCGACGAGAACGGCGACGGGCAGGUGGAAGGGAAGGAGCUGCGGGACGCCGCGGCCUGGUUGAAGCAGAUGUUCGGCGUCAACGACGCCGAGUACCAGGGCUUGCUGAGAGUCUCUGACGCGGACAGCGAUGAUCAUCUGAGCCCCUCCGAGUUCAAGACGCUGCUGGGCAACCUGGAGAUGGCGGGCGCACGCCAUCACGACGGGGGCCCGGACCACCGUCGCGGGCCAGCGCCGUUGGGUGGGCCUCCGCGCGGCGCAGAGGAGGACCAGUUGCGCCGGCACUUCGGCGUGGACGAGGCGACGUACAAGGAGCUCUUCGGGCAUGCUGACGCGGACGGCGACGGCAAGGUGCGGCCGCUCGAGAUGCACACGCUGGUCGGGCUGCUGAUGCAGCGCGGCAACUGGACACCGCCCGGCUUCAAGAAGAGCGACGAGAACGGCGACGGGCAGGUGGCGGGGAAGGAGCUGCGGGACGCCGCGGCCUGGUUGAAGCAGCGGUUCGGCGUCAACGACGCCGAGUACCAGGGCCUGCUGAGAGUCUCCGACGCGGACAGCGAUGAUCACCUGAGCCCCUCCGAGUUCAAGACGCUGCUGGGCAACCUGGAGAUGGCGGGCGCACGCCAUCACGACGGGGGCCCGGACCACCACCGCGGGCCAGCGCCGUUGGGUGGGCCUCCGCGCGGCGCAGAGGAGGACCAGUUGCGCCGGCACUUCGGCGUGGACGAGGCGACGUACAAGGAGCUCUUCGGGCAUGCUGACGCGGACGGCGACGGCAAGAGAUGCACACGUUGGUCGGGCUGCUGA